GGUUCUCUCUCUCCAUCGAAGAUUGUAAAUAAGGCAGCAACAGUUAAAUUCCCAGUCACAGAGAACAAGUCACAGGUACAUAGGCUGUGCGCAUCUCUAGUCAACAGUAUCUCUCUGCGUCGGGUGCACGCAAAAAAAGGUUCGCGAUAAGACUUGUUAAUUAUAAAAAUAAUAUUCUCAAAAUAAUGACUAAUUCGCGCGUAGUCUAAAUUCACCAAUGCCGAAAACUCUUGUGUAUGCGUAACGCCCGGUAACGGCUUGCAACGAAGCCAUUGCGCCAAUAGGGAAUACCAAUUCCAAUACAAAGCAAAAAGUACAAGUUCUCACUUUGUGCCUCUAUAGUAUAACGAAAGAAUGUGUUAAGUGUGCAUUAAAUAGCUGCGAGAUUUAUUGAAAGCGUUAUCAUUGGCUGCUGCUGCUGCUGCUGCUGGCUGAGUGCAUUCGAUCUGUUAAUCGCAUCUCGCCCGCCGCCUCUCCGCUGACGUCACAAAAUGGUCUCGUUGAUAAAAAACCAAUUGCUCAAGCAUUUGUCCAUCUACACGAAGAACCUAUCAUCGGACAAAAUCAAUUUGAGCACAUUUCGAGGCGAGGGUGAGCUCUACAAUCUGGAAUUGGAUGAGCGCGUGCUGACAGAGCUGUUGGAGCUGCCCAGUUGGCUGCGCCUGACGUCAGCCUGGUGCAAUCAUGUCUCGUUUCGCAUUAGCUGGACCAAGCUGAAAAGCGUGCCCAUAACGCUGACGCUGGACGAGGUACGCAUCACCAUCGAGACCUGCAACCCCAUGACGCGCGAUGCUGGCGCUACCGCCGCAGCGCUGCCACAAGUGCCUCAGGGUAAAUACAGCUUCAUACACAAGGUCGUCGACGGCAUCACCAUUGUGGUGAACACGGUCAAUGUGAAUUUUGUGAGCGCCGCCUUUACGGCCUCGGUGCAAAUGUCGCGCAUUCGCGUCGAGUCCAAGACGCCAAAGUGGGCCAAUGCCGAUUUGCGUCUGACACGGCUAAAGGAUGGCCAGAAGGGCAUUAUACUGAUCUUCAAAGAGCUCUCCUGGCAAACGGUGCGCAUCGAGGCCAGUUCCACUCAGGAUAAAUCAUUGACCCCGCUGCGUUUGCUCACAAACCAUGCGCGCUGUCGCAUCACGAUACGCAAACGCUUGGCGGAUUGCACGUUGCUGGCAUCGCGUCUGGUCCUCAUACUGGACGAUCUGCUGUGGGUGCUGACCGAUUCACAGCUGAAGGCAGCGCUGCAUUUUGUUGACUCACUUUCCGGAUUGAUAAAGGCCGCCACGCAUGCCACUCAGAAGACGAAAGCUGCGCGCAAGCUUCAGACCCUGCCCGAAUACCAGGCGCAGGUGGCGCAGCAGCAGAAUCGUCUCUCGGAAUCGGUGCAUCUGACGACGGCACAGCGGACGUUCAAUGCAUUUGAUGUGCGCGAGACCUCGUAUCAUUUCUUCAGUCAGCGCAUCGAUCUGCACUUGUGCGACGAUGAGGGCGAUGGGCGCUCGAGUUACCCGGAGCUGGACAAAGGUGGUGCUCUGCAGGUGUCUGUGACGGCGUUUCAGGUGGACUAUUAUCCCUAUCAUUUGGCCAAAUCGGACCGCUCGCACUGGGCCAAGUACAAGGAGGCGUCGGUGGCACCGGCGCUCUGGCUCAAAGAAUCGCUGAAUGCAUUCCGGGAGGCAGUGCUGAAUCUUAGCCAGCCCAAUAGACCGGCCACGCAUGCACCGCUGGAACGCAGCGCGCCUGCUUCGCCCAUUAUGUUGAAUGCAUCGCUGCUGAAUUCUCAAUUCGCUAGCGCUGGUCCCGGCCCUGGUACUGGCACUGGCUCGAAUGGCAGCAGCACGCCCACUGCAGCAGCGGCUGCCGGCAGCUCAAGCUCGGCCGGUGGCUCCGGCAAUGCCUCGGCCAGCAGUCAAUAUACUCAGGCAGCCCAGCAGCGCAACACAUUGGAGAACUUGGCCAAAUUAAUGAGCGCUUGUGUCAUACUGCGAAUCGAGGACUUUACACUCUAUCGAGUCACUACGUCGGGCAAAAAGCAAAUGCCCAAAGAGUUUGUCUCAGCACAACAUAAGAGGAAAACCAAAUCUUCAGGUGAUAAGGAUCGUUACUCGUUUCCCGCCGAGAUGCCCAUAGUGCAUGCCGAGUACACGUAUUUCUAUUAUCCCGGCGAUUUUGUAUUUCCGCUGCCGCCUUCAAAGAUGUUCGUGCACAUUAAUCCGCUGCAGGUGCACUUUGAUCUGAGCUCGAUAUUGUGGCUGAAUUCGUUUGGUUUGAAUCUGCACGAGAGUUUGCUGCGCACCAGCGUCGGCUCCCAGACCACGCUGCAGCAACAGCCGCAGAGCACGCGCGGCUCCAUUGCCUCCAAUACCUCGUAUGGCUCCAAUGGCACACAGAUGGCCGCUGCGCUGAGCUUGGAACAGGAGCCAAAUCUGAUGUACAUGGAUGUCAAGGUGGAGGCUAUAAUGCCGCGCGUGGUCAUGGAAGCGGCGCUGGAUGCGCCCAAUCAAAAGGAUCGCCCCAAGACGAUGCUAAUCCAGAUUUCUCGCUUUGCCCUGACCAACAUACGCGAGAUGGGCAGCUCGCGUGCUGAUUUGGCCCAGGCACUGCAUUCCCUGCAGGAGGGCUCGCUGGUAUUCGGCUCCGGCUUUCCCUCCGUCGAGGGUGACAUGUGCAUCGUCACGGAUCGCAUUCUGUCGCAUGUGGCCGCCUCGGAUGUUAGCAUGAUGUCGGCGCCGAUGUCACCAACGCAGGCGCAGAUGCCGCGAUCCGCAUCCACACAGUAUCUAUCGCGCUACGCAAUGUGGUCGGAGCCCCGCGAUGUUUGGUGCAUAAAAUUGGAUCCCAUUUGGGUGGACUUUCUUGGUGCCCGAUCGCUAGGCCCGAAUAAAGCCAUACCGUUUGUGGAUGCGGUGCCCAUCACGCUCUGGCUGCACUCUGGAAGCGCCACACAGGCACAGGCACAGUUGGACGUGGGCAAAUGUCAGAGCACAACCAGCUCACAGAUGGAGAGCAUGGGACUGACGCCAUUGCCUACGCUGCCACCAUUGCCGCGCAAUCCCUUCCUGAGCGAAGAGGAUGUGCGCGUUGUGCCGCCACCGGCUGAAGAGGCUGCCACGCCCGUCGAACGUUGCGCCGAUAUACAUGCGAUAGCUCACAUAUCGAACUUGGUCAGCUUGCAAAUAGAUCACUUUCAAUUGCUGUUCCUGCUGCGUCUGGCUGAAGAGUUUAACGAAAUGUCCACGUUCCUUAAUCUCGAUGCGGAGCGCAUCUUGCAAAAGCAAAACCAACAAAAGUCCAUCAUAUUUGGAUGUGUUGUGCCACAGAUUGAGGUGACGCUGGUGAUGCCAUCGCCAACACCUGGUAAGGAAUCGAGUGGUGGUGAUGCUGAAAGUGUCUUACCCGAUUCAGCUAGUUUGGGUGAUGAUUUACACAUGAAUAUCACCGAUUUCACAGGCGGCAACAUAACGUGGCCCACGCCACCGCCGUUGGAUCAACUGAAGAGCAAUACGUUUGGCAGCGUCGAGACUCCAUCGCCCGUAACCAAUGAUCCGCCCUUUGAUAGUGGCAUUCAUAUAUCCAAUCCAAAUACACAUGGUUACAACGUACAAAUUCAGAGCACCCCAACGUUGGCUUCCUCUACGCCAAGUCAGGGCUCACGGCCUGACACUGGCAUCUCCAUGCAAUCGCAAUCAAUAUCGUCUGCCUCGAAGAGCUUGAAGAGCACAGUGCGCCCUGGCACGGGUAGCGACGCUGUGCCUAGCAUUACCAAGGAAAUUAAUUCCAGUCUUAUGUCCAUGAAGAAGGGCUUCUCUAGUUUCAUGACUUCCAUUGACUCGGCCAUCAAGUCCGGAACGCCCAAUGAUGAUGCCAGUGAUACCUUUUCCGUACAGAGCGACAUUAGCUCCGAUUCGGAGAAUUUCGCAAUCGUAAUGGGUGAUGACAAGACAAUGGACUGCAUGGACGUUAUGUUCCGACUCAAUCCAUUCACGAACGACAACAACAUGAAGGCCUCUCCCGUCGAGGUGGCCAGCGAGGUUUACGAGGAGCCGAGCAGCUACAAGACAAACAUGUCCUCCCCAUCAGAGCCCUCAGAAGCUAGCACUUGGCGGCGACGGGAUCUAGUCUCCAUGGCCACCUUUAGAUUAACCACAGUGGAGCUCAUACGCCAGCAGGAGGGUCCCAAGUCCUCGGUGCGUUUGCAGGUGUCGGCUGUGUCCUGUGAUGAAUGCGGCGCAAUACCCUGGGAUGAGUUGCAGAUCGCGCAUCAAGCGAACAAGACAAAGUUUGGAGCACGCUGUAAGGCCUGGAAUCUGGCGCCUUACAAUCCAGAAGCGCCGCCCUGCAUCAAACUGCGCCUCGAAGAGACUCUAAACAUGCCCAAGAAAAUUGAUGGAUUGAUUGAUCGCAAGCGCAUACAAAGCUGGUUUACGCAUCAUGCCGAAAUACACGUGAAGGACAUUAAUAUGGACUUGUCCAUGAGCACAGUGAUUGGGCUAGCUGAUCUGGCUGAGGACGAGAUAAUAACGCCGCCUAUGCCCGUUUCGAUAUACCUGGAAAACGUGCGAAUCAAUUUGUUGGAAGAUCGUCCGCCUGUCAAUAUUACUUCGCCGGGUCCAGUGCCCAUUAACUUGUGUAUUGGACGCAUGCACCUGGAGCGCGACAAAACUGGCCAGCUCAACAUACAGCCCAUAGAUACAAACAUCAGCGCUGACCAGCAGCAGACUUUAAACGGCGCCUUGCGUGGCACAGCACGCGAGCGCGAUCGUGAGCUGCUCUCCAUGCAACUGGUUAUGCAGCAAAUGAAGCUUGACAACGAGCAGAUGCGUAAGCAGCUUGUCGAUUCCAAGGUGAACACAGAGAACUACAGGCAAAAGACCAGACAGGAAACGGAUGUUCUGCGUUCAUAUUUGAAGGCAGCACAAGAUGAUAUUAGCAUAUUGCUAGAAGAGAAGAAGGCCUUGUUAGAUACCAUACGCUCCAUGCAGAUACAAUUGACCUCAUCGAAUAUGACCCGGAAGAAUGAUGGAAAUAGGUAGCACAACUGCAUGGACUGCAUACAAUGCUGCGGCGAGAACAAUAAUGCCUAGGCCUAGUAUGCGAUUUAGUCAAUGCCAAUGCCAAACAGAGACGUCCUCGAGUCAUUUGUCGCUUUUAUCAUCGAUACAUUGCGUUGAGUUUAGCAGAAGACUGAGCCGUACUAAACACGGACACUAUUCACGUUGCCGUUCGUCGUCAUAUACUUACGUACAUAGUUCGACUAUAUACUAUUAUACUAUUACUAACUGUACCAUAUAUUUGUAUUGGUUUUAUAUUUUUAAGCUGAUGUUUGCUAUCGUUCCAAAGAAUGUUUUCCCUUUACAAAAAAGUAUCUUGAAAUCGAUUUUAUUGUUUUGAUUUUACUUUUACUUUUGUAUUAUCAUUGCUAGGUCUUCAAAAGCAGCAAUUUUUAAAUAUAUAGCACAUUGUUAAUUAUUUUACAAGCGAGUAAAUCAAAUGAGUAUAUUGCUACCUGUGUAGGUAACCAUGUAAAUCAAAAUUGAUAUUACAUCAAACUAAAAAGAAGAAAAAAAAAACAUUGUAUAUUCAACAGAUAUUGAGAACAUAUUGUUGUGAUUCAUGAUCAUAUCAAAAUACUAAAUGCUAGUAACUAUACGUAUUAUGUACGACUAUUAUUAUGUAUUUAUGUAUGCAUUGCUGUUGUAAUCCGUGUGCUAACUAUCAAAUUAAUUGGCCAAACCUAUUAACUCAUAGUAUUUGAGGACUACAUAAUUGUAGAUCUCCCAAAUCAUAGAUUUUUUUUCCAAAUUCAUUGCAUUCCACAAUUGAUCGUCAUUGUUUUUUGUUUAUCUAGAUAAUACUAUAUAUAUACUUGCUCCCGCAUACACACUAUACUAAUCAAAAUGUUCUACUCUCAAAUAAAUCAAAAGUACCAUAAUGUUUAAAGAUAUAAAGAGAAACUCAA